GUUGUCAGCUUUUGUUUUAAGAUGUUUCCUUGAAGCUGAUCCUUACAUAGACAUUGAUCAGAAUGUGUUACACAGAACAUAUACUUGGCUCAAAGGACAUCAGAAAUCCAACGGUGAAUUUUGGGAGCCAGGAAGAGUGAUCCACAGUGAGCUUCAAGGUGGCAAUAAAAGUCCUGUAACUCUUACGGCUUAUAUUGUGACAUCUCUCCUGGGAUAUAAAAAGUAUCAGCCUAAUAUUGAUGUGCAAGAGUCUAUCAACUUUUUGGAGUCUGAAUUCGAUAGGGGGAUUUCCGACAAUUACACCCUGGCACUUGUAACUUACGCUCUGUCAUCUGGGAGGAGCCCUAAAGCCAAGGAAGCUUUGGAUAUGCUGACUUGGAGAUCAGAACAAGAAGGAGGCCUGCAAUUCUGGGUGUCAUCGGUGUCCAGACUGUCUGAAUCCUGGCAGCCGAGCUCCCUGGAUAUUGAAGUUGCAGCCUAUGCGCUGCUCUCACACUUCUUGCAGCAUCAGGUUCCUGAGGGAAUUCCGAUUAUGAGGUGGCUUAGCAGGCAGAGAAAUAGCUUGGGAGGUUUUGCAUCUACCCAGGACACCAUUGUGGCCUUGAAGGCCCUAUCUGAAUUUGCAGCUUUAAUGAAUGUAGAAGAGACAAAUAUCCGAGUGACUGUGGAGGGGCCCAGUUCACUGAGUCCUGUGAAGUUUGUGAUUGACACACAGAACCGCUUUCUUCUCCAGAUGGCAGAGCUUGCUGUAGUACAGCCAACUGCAGUGAAUAUUUCUGCAAAUGGUUUUGGAUAUGCUAUUUGUCAGCUUAAUGUAAUUUAUAAUGUGAAAAAUUCCAGAUCUUCUAAAAGUCGAAGAUCUAUCCAAGAUCAGGAAUCAUUUGACUUAGAUGUUGCUGUAAAAGAUAAUAAAGAUGAUGUCAAUCACUUGGAUUUGAAUGUGUGCACAAGGUUUCUGGGACCAGCCAGAAGCGGCAUGGCCCUUAUGGAAGUCAGCCUGCUCAGCGGUUUUACUGUGUCCUCAGACGCCAUUCCCCUGAGCGAUACUGUGAGAAAAGUCGAACACGACCAUGGGAAGCUCAGCCUCUACUUAGACUCUGUAAAUGAAACCCAGUUUUGUGUUGAUAUUCCUGCUGUGAGAAGCUUUAGAGUGUCAAAUACACAAGAUGCUUCAGUGUCCAUAGUGGACUACUAUGAACCAAGGCGGCGAGCCGUGAGAAGCUACAACUCCAGGGCGCAGCUGACCUCCUGUGACCUCUGCGGGGACACGCUAGCCUGCGGCCCCUGCGCCCGCGCGGCCCCGGCCCGCCUCCCGCGCCUGGCCGCCCGCCUCCUCCUCCUCUGCCCCGCGCUUCUGCUCUCCUUGCAGCCUUGGCCGUGAUUUGCUUCCUGAAGACUCCAUGAAACACUUGCAUUUCCAAAAGCCACACGUGACUGUCUUGUCGUCAUAAUCAGAUAUUACCUCGGUUUGGAAAAUAAAUGUUUUUCUCUUUAUGAGUUGGGAGGCGGGUAGAAGUGGGGGAGAUGUAUUAAUAACAACAGGUCCUUGUAUGUGCAGCUGCGUAGAUCUUUUCUUUCCCCCCUGACUUCUGUGUGGAACAAAAAAAUAAGAAUUAUUGCAGUUGUAUUCUUUUAUUUUCCCCUCUUAAAAUCUUUUAGGAUUUUUUUUGGAGGUGGUGUUUUCUCCAGAAUAAAUGCAUUAUUUUAGA